UUAAUCUCUGUCCGAAUCAAGCUCUCAUUUAUUAUUUACCCAGUUCCCUGUUUCCCUCCUCUUCAAACCUCUCUCUUUCCUCUUCUCUUCUUCUCCUCUUUCAUCAAACUUAUAUCUUACACCAUGAAUUAUAAUCUUAAUAAUCAUAAUGAUAAUGAUACAACUUUAACUGAACCACCGUAUCAGAAAACCUCCAGGGUUCUUCCAUACGCCACUCAAAACCUUACUGACCUCUACACUUUAGGCAAAAAGCUUGGCCAAGGUCAGUUUGGCACCACGUAUUUAUGCACCCACAAGACCACCUCCCUCAACUAUGCAUGCAAGACCAUCCCAAAGCGCAAACUUAUCUGCCAGGAAGAUUACGACGACGUUUGGAGGGAAAUCCAGAUAAUGCACCAUCUUUCAGAGCAUCCACACGUGGUCAGAAUCCAUGGCACUUAUGAAGAUAAGUCUUGUGUCCAUAUCGUGAUGGAGCUCUGUAAAGGAGGCGAGUUGUUUGAUAGGAUUGUUGAAAAGGGACAUUACAGUGAGAGAGAGGCGGCUAAGUUGAUCAAGACUGUUGUUGGUGUGGUUGAGUGUUGUCAUUCUCUUGGAGUUAUGCACAGAGAUCUUAAGCCUGAGAAUUUUUUGUUUCUUGGUGUUGGUGAAGAUGCUGCUCUUAAAGCUACUGAUUUUGGCUUGUCUGUUUUCUAUAAGCCAGGUGAAAUCUUUACUGAUGUCGUUGGGAGUCCCUACUAUGUUGCGCCAGAGGUUUUACGCAAGUAUUAUGGACCUGAAGCUGAUGUAUGGAGUGCUGGAGUUAUUUUGUACAUCUUGCUAAGUGGCGUGCCACCUUUUUGGGCAGAAACUGAAAUGGGGAUCUUCCGACAGAUUUUACAAGGAAACUUAGAUUUUGAGUCUGAACCAUGGCCCAGCAUUUCAGAUAGUGCUAAAGAUCUCAUACAAAAAAUGCUUCAUCUGAACCCAAAGAAAAGGCUAACUGCCCACGAAGUCCUCUGUAAGUCUCUUUUCACUUGUGUAAAGCAAGGAAAAAUGCUAGGAUAUAAGAUAUGGCUAAACCCAACUGACAAUAUUAUGUUGUUGACAUUACACAUUUUAUCAGGCCACCCAUGGAUUAUCGAUGACAAAGUUGCCCCAGAUAAACCUCUUGAUUCAGCAGUCUUAUCACGCUUGAAACAGUUCUCAGCAAUGAACAAACUAAAGAAGAUGGCUUUGCGUGUAAUAGCUGAGAGGCUUUCUGAAGAAGAAAUUGGUGGUUUAAAGGAGUUGUUCAAAAUGAUAGACACAGAUAACAGUGGAACAAUCACAUUUGAUGAAUUAAAAGAUGGCUUGAAACGAGUUGGCUCUGAACUUAUGGAGUCCGAAAUCAAGGAUCUCAUGGAUGCAGCAGAUAUUGACAACAGUGGAACAAUCGAUUAUGGUGAAUUCCUUGCUGCUACUGUGCACUUAAAUAAAUUGGAAAGAGAGGAGAAUUUAGUGUCUGCCUUCUCAUUUUUCGACAAGGAUGGUAGUGGUUACAUAACCAUUGAUGAGCUUCAACAAGCCUGCAAAGAAUUUGGCUUAAGUGAGCUUCACCUUGAUGAAAUGAUCAAAGAAAUUGAUCAAGAUAAUGAUGGCCAAAUAGACUAUGGGGAAUUUGCAGCGAUGAUGCGGAAGGGCAAUGGAGGAAUUGGGAGAACCAUGAGAAACACAAUUAAUCUGGGAGAUGCUUUAGGAGUAAUAAACAAAGGAUCUAAUGACUUCAACUGAUCUUCACUUUUAAGACUGUUGAGCCAUACCGUAUUUUUGUUUUAGGGGGAAGAUAUAUUUGACCCUUUCUAACUUUACAAGUGGCCUAAUCAAAUUUUGCAUUUCUUUGUGUUUGUCAUCUUUUCCUCAACAAGAAAUGCAAUUUUGUGGCAUAAUAAGACAUUCCUAAACUGAAAUCAACAUCC